AAACGCAACACAAUUGGCCUUCAGCACAAGCGCUGGGCUCUUAGAAAUACUUAAUGGGAUGUGAAUACUGGACUGAGUUCAUCCCUGGGAUCAUGACAGAGGGUGGGAGGCACAGCUUCUUGCUGCGCUCUAGGAAAUCAGCAAGCAGCUUCCUAGAUGGAGGUUUAGCACUGAGAUAACACGAGCACUCCGUGCCUUUCAUUGAGAUUUACAGUCACAGGCUCAUGCUUUCCUUGCAUGCUUUAUCGAGCCACGUGUCUGGGCCACCGCUCUGCUGCACGGUGCAGAAGGGAGGUGGGGGAAUCUCUGUCCCUCUCCCACUUCCUUCCUCCCUCCCUCCCCUCCCUUAACUGCACUGACUCUGGGACUGAGCUUUCUCUGUUGAGAUCUCUCCAAGCACGCCGACACGCAGCGAGGCACUGGGGCUCCUUCCCAAACGUCUGAGAAUGUAGCAGGAUCCAAACUGCCUCCCGGCGAGCUGCUCCAACAGGUCCUGCUCACCAUGCUGAUUCGCACCUGCUUCUUUUUUGCCUGCCUGCCUGUGGCAAGCCACGUCUGGGGACGAGGGGGGCAAGGGUCAGGCCGGCUGAAACUCACAGUCCUUUCAGAAGACAGGCUCCAGAUGAAAUGGAAAGAAACCGAAGGAAACAUCAAUGGCUACAAAGUGCGGGUAAAGCCUAUGGCAGGGGACUCGGAGCAAGAAGUCAUGCUGAAAACAAAGACUCCCAAAGCCACGGUGGGGGGGCUGAGCCCUACCAAGGAAUACACGCUGCAGGUGUAUGUGCUCAAUGGCUCCCAGGAAGCCUUAUUCGCCAAGAGGAAAUUUGUGAUAGAGGACCUUAAAAAUGCAUCCCAGACUAGAAAUAACCGAAGGAACGCAGGAGCUGCACCAGGAAAGAAUCUCACCUCUGCGGGCAGCUCAACAGUUGAGCAGAGCCUGGGGAUGGAGACAGCUCCACCACCCUUGAGCACCAUCCUGACACAUCCAGCAAAGGACAGAGCUGAAAAGAAAAGGCACAAAGGGACUCAGCCCAAGGGCUCAGGAGAAACCACGAGGAGCCAGCCCAGUGUUGGUGUGACACAAACACCAUCACCAACCACAAAGUCAUCCCAGCGUACCACUGCAAACGUGGAGCGAGAGUCUCUAGGAAAAGAAAAACCCACAAGGGAUUCACUGAGGAGAGGUUACCAGUUCCAAUGUGACACGUCUGCAAUGACCGAUAUUGUCCUGCUUGUGGAUGGAUCAUGGAGCAUUGGGCGCAACAAUUUCAAGCUCAUUAAAGACUUCCUGAGCGCUUUAAUUUCCCCAUUCAAUAUUGCCCAAGACAAGAUAAGAGUAGGGCUGUCCCAGUACAGCAGCGAUCCCCGCACAGAGUGGGAUCUGAGUGCUUAUGCAACGAGGGACCAGGUGCUGGAGGCAGUGAGGAACCUGCGCUACAAGGGUGGCAACACCUUCACAGGCCUGGCGCUCACCCAUGUCCUGGAACAAAAUCUGAAGCCAGAUGCUGGUGCCCGACUGGAAGCUGAGAAAUUGGUAAUCCUCCUGACUGAUGGAAAAUCCCAGGAUGACGCCAGCCUGGCAGCUCAGACCUUGAAAAACGUGGGCAUAGAGAUAUUUGCUAUUGGGGUGAAGAACGCAGAUGAGGCUGAGCUGAAGCAGGUGGCCUCAGAGCCACUGGAGCUCACAGUGUACAACGUGCUGGACUUCCCCCUGCUCAGCUCCCUGGUUGGCAGGCUCACCCGGGUCCUCUGCAGCAGGAUCAAAGAGAGGAGCAGCAAGGAGAGUGCAGGUAGAACUGUGAAAGAUGUCCCUACAAAUACAGGUCCACAGCUGAGCCCAACAGACCUUAAAAUAUCAGCUGUGACUUCUAAAAGCAUGCACUUGGCCUGGAGUCCUCCUCUGAGUCCACCAAAGAAAUACCGCGUUGUGUACAACCCAUCGAAGGGCGGCACUCCCAAGGAGGUGCUUCUGGAUGGAGCUGUCUCCUCUCUGUGGCUUUCCAACCUGACCUCGCACACAGAGUACCUGGUGUCGGUGUUUCCCAUUUAUGACACAGCUGUUGGGGAUGGGCUGAGAGGCGUCACCUCCACAUUGCCUCUGUCUGCCCCCCGCUCCCUGCGUGUCUCCGAGCUGAGCCACAACAGCAUCAGGCUGAGCUGGAAGGCAGCCCAGGGAGCCACGCAGUACCUGGUGCUCUGCUCUGCAGCCCCCGAUGGAGCAGAGGAUGAUACAACAGAGAUGAAGGUGGCUGAGCCCGAGGUCCUUCUGGACAGGCUGUCACCCAGCACUGAGUACUCCAUUGCAGUGUAUGCAUUGUAUGGGGAAGAUGCCAGUGAUCCAGCCAGCAUCCAGGAAACCACCUUGGCCUUGAGCCCUCCCAGGUACCUGAGCUUCUCAGAGCUCAGCCACUCAUCCGUGCGGGUCAGCUGGGAGCCAGCAACACUGGCAGUGAAAGGUCAUCGUGUCACCUACGUGUCUAGCAGAGGGAGCAACACUGGGGAGGUUGAAGUUCUUGGCACUGCAGUGUCCACUGUCCUGAGACCACUGUCCUCCCUCACCCAGUACUUCAUCAGUGUCCGAUCUGUGUAUGAUGAGGGUGACUCCUUUCCAAUCACUGGCAAUGUCACCACUUUGAAGGUCCCCCCGCCGCGGGCGCUGAAGGUUUCUGAGCUCUCUGAGAACAGCCUCCGGCUGCACUGGGAAGCUGUCGCUGCCUCUGAUGUGGUUGUCUAUCAGAUCAAGUGGAGCACAGCUGGUGGAGAGAAGCCUCAGGAGCUCUCCAUCGCUGGAAAUGUGGCAACUGCUAUCCUGCCUGGAUUGCAGAAGAACACAGACUACAAAAUAUCCAUCUGGGCCUACUACAAAGAUGGUGCUCGAAGUGACACGGUUUCCAUUCAGCACAGAACCACUUCUCGGAGCCCACCCACCAACCUCUUCAUAGACUCUGAGAGCCCCACCAGCCUCCAGAUCCAUUGGAAGCCCCCCGAGGGCCGCAUACAGCACUACAGAAUCACCUACAGUCCUGUUUCUGACCCCAGCACCCAGCAAACAAUCAUGGCUUCUGGGAAAAGCAGCAGUGUGACCUUGCAGCCGCUGCUGCCCGAUCGAGCCUACAAGGUGGCAGUUUCUGCUGUCCACUACACAGGAGAGAGCGAGAGCACAACUGCAACGGGUCGGACGGCUCCUGUGAUGUCUAAACUGCCUUCAAUACGAGGAUUUGUUCCAUCUAAGACAGAAGCCUGUCCCCCCAUCAGCUCUUCUGCAGGCUCCGUACGAGGAUUCGAUAUGAUGGAAGCGUUUGGCUUAGUAGAGAAGGAAUAUGCCUCCAUUAAAGGAGUGGCUAUGGAGCCAUUCGUAUUUAGUGGCUCCCGCACCUUCACCCUGUUCAGAGACAUUCAGCUCACCCUGAGGACCAGCGAUGUCCACCUCUUUGCCAUCCCACCCGAGCACACCAUCAGCAUCCUCCUGCGCCUCCUUCCUGACACCCCCAAGGAGCCCUUUGCUGUGUGGCAAAUAACCGACGAGGACUUCCAGCCCCUCCUUGGUGUUAACCUUGACCCCAGUAAGAAAACCUUGACCUAUUUCAAUCAUGACUACAAGGCUGAUUUGCAGGAAGUCUCCUUUGACCAGCAGGAAGUGAAGAAGAUAUUCUAUGGGAGUUUUCAUAAGGUGCACCUUGCAGUGAGCCUUUUCAAGAUCAAGCUCUAUCUGGACUGUAAGAAAAUAGCAGAGAGACCCAUCAACACCAUUGGCAGCAUCUCUACUGCUGGCUUCGUCAUGCUGGGAAAAGUGACACGAACCAGAGGGCCCAGGAGUGGAUCAGUAUCGUUCCAGCUGCAGUCGUUGCAGGUUGUGUGCAACAGCUUAGGGGCAGAGGAGGACAGAUGCUGUGAUCUUCCUGCAUUGAGGGACGAGGAGAGCUGCCCCACCAUAGCUCCUGCCUGCUCCUGCACAUCUGGCCGCCCAGGCUUGCCAGGUCCUCCAGGUCCCCCUGGCAGCCCUGGGAGGAGAGGACCACAAGGUGAGCAGGGGGAGCCAGGCCCCAAGGGUGAACCAGGCCCACCUGGAAAAGUGGGACCAGCAGGUCCAAGUGGCCAGCAAGGCUCCCCAGGUUCCCAAGGAAUCACAAUUCAGGGCCCUGUGGGGCCACCAGGUAUUAAAGGAGAGAAAGGAGACACUGGAAGUCCUGGCAUGCAGGGCAUUCCUGGUGUGCAGGGAGCUCCAGGCAGAGAUGGUCUUCAAGGUGCAAAGGGGGUGAGGGGAUUGGAAGGCACAGCUGGGCCCCCAGGACCUCCUGGACCAAGGGGUUUCCAAGGAGUGACAGGUUUCCGGGGCAGCAGCGGUGAGAAGGGACCUCCAGGUGAUGUUGGGCCAACAGGACUACCAGGUCCAAAAGGAGAAAGAGGAGAAAAAGGGGAACCACAGUCCUUGGCCACAAUUUACCAGCUGGUUAGCCAGGCUUGUGAGCGGAUGAUCCAGAGUCACGUGUUGAAAUUUGACUCAUUCAUUCACGAACAUGCAAGGAAGCCGGUUCCUGUUUGGGAAGAAAGACUGAAGCCAGGAGAGCCGGGAUCACCAGGUCCUCCAGGUCCUCCUGGGAGCAAUGGAGAAAGAGGAGAAAAUGGCAUCCCUGGUCAGACAGGAAAAGAUGGGUAUCCUGGAGAAAGAGGUGCCCCAGGACCCAAGGGAGAAAAAGGAAUGGCUGGAGUCAAUGAGGAAGGGAUCCAAGGACCCAGAGGCAGAACAGCUUCUUCUUUAGGCCCACCAGGAGAAGUUGUGUUGGGGAAACCAGGCCCAAAGGGCUACCCAGGGAACACCGGUCCUCAAGGUUUUCCUGGUGUCAGAGGACAGCCUGGGCAGCCUGGAUACUCAGGGGGCUGUGAUGUCUCUGGAUGUUAUGGGCCAGGUAGAAGAGAUUUCAUCCCCUGAUGGCCAAUGUGGAGACAGCUGAGGACAGUUCUCUGCCCUGGAAGUCUAUGGGUAAAAGCUCCAAGAGAAGCAGCAACCCGAACAUCAAAUGUGUUUGUGCUUUUCUUAUUUCCCACUAUUUGUAUAUGGACAUAUCAGUCAAAUGAAGCCAAUAUCAAAACCAUCAAACCAGCCUGAUGAGUCUCAGCCAUCCACUGUUUUUCAGUGCUGGACACCUGCAGUAUUCAAACUCACAGCAAGGCACACAGCCAAAGCUACAGGCUGACAGACUUGUAAGAAAAAGAAAUAAUGUAUGGAAAUGCUUAGAAAUAACAAAUUUUUGCCCAUUUGUCUGCUUGUGGUUUAUUUUUGUCACUUGCUAUUCUGCAUCCCCAGCACAGAGAAAAACAGCACCUCAUGCCCAAAGAUGUGAAAAUCCACUGGAGCAAAAUAGCGUUUUCUGUUGGUUGACAAGGUAACUAAACCUCGCGCCAUUUGGGCUGUUUCUGCUUUUGGCAAAUGGCUGAUGGCUUUCUUGCAGUGGUGCUCUGUGCAGAAGCACUGCAGUCAGUGCAACCAUCUUUCUGUGAUGCGACAAACCCCACCUGCAGCCUCGCUUUCUGGGGUCUGAUAAGUGCCCUGUGUUGGGCAGGGCACAGCCAUGCACUGCUAGGAGCUGGAGAUCAACCCGCUGGGCUUUCCCACCUUUACUUCCUGCAAUCUGAUCGGCUACUUUGCAUUUUAUCAGGUAGAAUAUUGAAUUGCUCAAGUCUCGCUUAUCCAUCUGACAUGGAGGUAAUUGUGAUGUUACGCUCUUUUCCUUUUGUGAGCCAUGGUCUGAUGUGAAUCCAAACUGUGCAGAUACUGAUAAACAGUACCUUCAGCUUCACAGUUGGUGCUUUGGGCUGCCUUUCUACUUCUAUCCCCCACUCCUUCCAUUACAAUCAAUUAUCCCUUAGCUUAAUGCAUUAUGUGGCAUGCAUUAAUUUGCAUGCAGGGAGCCAGCAUUCUCAGCUGGCUGUCAAACCUAAUACCUGUGGACACUGGCAGAUGCAAAGCAAUGGGCAGGAGAGGCAAGGAGACCCAAUCAAACACCCACUAAUGGAGAAAGCAAGUAGUUCAAAGUGCAAUGUCUGCACUUUGCAGUAAUUCUGCAAAUGUAAAUCAGGGCAGCCAAAUUCCCAGCUCUGAGCUUGCUGUUCUGUCUGUUCAAACCCAGUGGCUGCGAGUGGUUUGGCACAGAGCUCCUUUGUUUUUCUCUAUCGAUUAGUUUUGAAAGUGACUAACAUCUUCUCACCGCUCACACCAGGGUUUAAUCCAUGCAGUAGAAUUUCAAGUGGCGUUUGCUUUUUCUGAUUAUUUCAGAUACAGCAGGAAAGGACAGGUUUUAACAAAACCAGCUUCUGUGAGGGCUAUUGAUUAGGAGAAAGAAAACUUGCACAAACAACUUGUUCAUUAAUGAUUCUAAACUUUGUCCCAUGAGUGGUUUAAUUCACUUGAAAUCAGGGGGAUUUUGCCCUCUCACUAUCACAAACUGUUGGUACCAUUGCUUUGCCACUCAGUUCCUUCAGAGAAUGACUUGGGUUGGAAGGGACCUUCAAGACCACCUAGUUCCAACGCCCUGCCAUGGGCUGGUUCCCUUCACCAGAUCAGGCUGCUCAGAGCCAUCCAGUCUGGUCUUGAAUGCCUGUUUGGAUGGGGCAUCCACAACUGGAUCCUUGAAGACCAGUUCCUUGAAACCACCCAUUGUGGGUAUUAAUAUCCCACAGUCUUUGCUGGGUGCAACCUGUUGUUUCCCCUGUUGUGUUUUUCCAGCCCCAUUUAUCACUUUUAAUGCAUGCUGUAGUUAAAAGCAGCGGCAUGUAUUAGUAAUGCAGGUUUUUUUCCUAGUAAGGGCUUUGUUCUCAAAGCAUUCAUCUCUACAAAUAAAAGUUUGGAUAUUAGUUUUCCUGGAUUUAAUCCUGUUUUUGUUUUUGUUUUUUUUCUGAAUUAAUCUCAGUGCACAAAUUUAGUAUGUCCCUGUGAAAUCCCACCAGUUCCUAUUCUUUCCCCACUUUGCAAAGGAAUGCCUGUUUACUUCUCCCUCUGCUCAGUCCUUAAGGAAAAUCCGUCUUGAUGUUCUCAUUAUCACUUCUGCCCUAAGCAAUCAUUAGAGACUUUUUUCCACACAGUGUGUAACGUGACGUCAUAUUUUCAGACUUUCUUACAUCUUCAGAUGUUUGUAAAUUACGAUAAGAUUGGUUUUCUAUCCCUGCUGCAGAGGUUGGCCCACCUGGUGCAGCCACAUGCUGGCAGAGGCUGAGGACCUUUCAGAGACAGACUUUUUUGGCUACAAGCAUCAUUCAAUCAGCCUCAGGGGUAAGAUACAGUACACAUGGAGGACUAACUAGCAAUAUUGCUAACAAGCUGCUCUGAGAAGGCUCUCUCUCCAGGGUUCAGCAGCUUGAUUUUCCCAAAUAUAAAGGUUUGGAGACCAAAAAGAGAUUUUGGGUGGGGACAGGAGAUUUUAUAAAAAUGCAUACUGCAGUGAGGCAGAGCCCAGAGGGGCUAUCAAGGUAGGUGGGGCUGUUACAAGGAAUGAUCCUUAGCUCCAUAUGUGUCUGUCAUCCCACAUACCUCUUUCUGCCUGCCUGUCCCUAUGCAAGUGAAUUUAUUUGAGUCUAAUUUCUAGGUAAGUGUUUAGAGAGAAACUUAAGCAAAAAGGAGGUGAUAUAGGUUAUGUGGAUUAGCUCACUGAAGAAGGAGAUGGUGUUGUGACCAAUAGCCCUGAAAACAGCUGAUAGGACUAGGAAAGGUUUAUUGACAGAUUAUAUAGCUCAUCCUACCAACCAGCUGCAGAUGAAAUACCCCCCCAGUGUCAUAUGGCUGGGGGAGAUGACUUAGGCAAAGUGAGUGCACAUAUGAAAGACUCCAGAAAAUAUAUAUCUUAAAAUCUCUCUGCUUUACAUGAGGUUGGAAUAGCAGAAUUAUUCAUUUUUCCAUAGUUACAGUCUGGUUCACAUCUCAGUUUUAUUCCAGUUUCUGAUCAUUGAAUCCUAUGGAGGGAUACCAUCCUCUUUAGCAGUCUCCAGAGUGGAGUAAUCCAUCCAAGACAGAGUGAUGGGGCAUGAUUCCUGUUUUCUCCCCUUGGAUUUUACCAGAAGGCACAUCAGAAGCAGAAAGCAAGACAUUAUUUGAACUUUAAACUGGGGAAAUAUUAAUGCCAUGUGAGAAGAAGUGGAGCUGCCACUACAUGAGAAAUGUUAUGAUGUUAGCAACACCAGAGGAAACCAGUGACCUGCAUCAUCCGAGCUUCUUCCAAAUGCCACUAAUAUCUCUGUAGACGGUUUCAGCUGUCACUUCUCAUCUUGCUCUGCCAAACCCUGUGAUCCCUCAGUGUCACUGAGUCUUCAGGGAGACACAGCCACAUCCUCUGCACUUCCCAUCACACCUGGCAUUUCGAUGUGCUAAUGGAGCAGAUGUGUGUGGGCAGCCCAGGGUGGCAGGGCAGCUGUGCCAGGACUGGAUUACACUGCUGUGCCCUUGCCAGGCUCCUGUGCUGUCACAGUGCAAUGCUCCCCUGGAGAUGCUACCGUGUGCACUGAUAAUCACUUUUUGCAGAGAAGACAGUGGUCUGAGGUGGCACGUUCGCUGUGGGAGAGUGGAACCUACACUUGCCUCUACAGAAUCUCACAAGAAGCUGUUUAGCUCUUGAAUCUGUCCUUAAACCUUUCCUAGUCCUACUGCUUCACCCAAAUUGUUCCCCUGUGUUAGGCAGGGGUCUGACUGUGGCAAGUCGGCCAGCUGGGAUGGUUAUAUGGCUGCAGAUGCACAUAUAGCUGCAGAUGCACACAGUCAAGCCCAUACCUGCUCCACUGCCCUCGUGCUCAUGGGCUCCUAAGUUGCAGACUGAGCUCUGAGCAGUCCCUGGGCACUGCCCAGGACCCAGCAAUACUCCGGGGUCAGAAUUUCUCCCACCUUCAUGUAUUUUGCACUGAAAUGGGAGCCCAGCUUGUCUGCAGUGCAGCCCAUAACCUUCAUGCAAGCUGCAGCUGCAUUGGUGCAAUUAUGCACUAGACCUUGAAGAUGUUUCACUGUUUGUUUUCUUUGCGUUGCCAUAAGCAAGCUAGCUGACUGUGAAAAAGGAUAAAUUAGCAUCUCUGAAGAGUGAGUCUCUAUUCUGAAAGCAAGCAAAGAGCCAUCAGCUCCCUAGAUGCAGCACCAUGCCAGGACUACGUUUCUGCCAGCUGCAUGGAUGGAGGGCACAUGGCCAAGGCUGUGACAAGAGGAAAAGCAGGUGGAAUUGACAGGAUUGGCCAACCAGGGUGAUCACUGCUUUGAUUUUAUCUUGUCCUCAAAUUUUGAUGUACUGUUUUUGGAAUGGUUCAACUCCAGUCUUUCCAAGAUAGAUUAAAUGUGAAAAUUCUUUGUUUUCAGUCUUCAGA